GGUGUCGAAGUUCUGCGCCACACCCAGCGUUCUUCAGGAGAUGCUGCAGUUAGGUGUGGUGUCAAAGCUGUGCUUGGUGCUUCAAGUGGACUGCAGCAGCAAAAUAAAAGAGAGGGCCAUAGAAGUUCUUAAGUUGCACGCUCGAGCAUGGAAGAAUUCUCCCUGUAUACCAGCGAAUCUGCUUUCUUCAUAUCCUGCUUGAGAAAAGGAUGAAGGAGAGAGAGAAAUUGAUUCGUUACUUGGGAAUUUCUUAGAAUAGCCAUUUUUUGUUUGGUGUACAUAAUUGUUUAGUGUAAGAUCAGGUUAGAUAGGAGACAAAUAUAUACAUAGGCGAAAAAUUAGCCACAAAUAUAGUUAAAUGCAGAUGAGAUUCGGGGAAAUUGAUCAAUUAAUUUCUUACAAAGUUUAGUUCUCAUCAGUCUGUUGCCAAAUCAUUAGGUUCACACUUGACUCUGCUCUCCAAAUUGCCUGAAUUAGUAAAUUCCUUUUCUAAAA